ACGAAAGGAAGUAAUGAAAGCUCAAAAGUAUUUAUGGCGUCCGUGUACGAAGAAUGACAGUUACCUUCACUUUUUAGGCAAUAAUGGUGUUUACGAAAACAAAUGGUUAAUAUAUGUGAAUCCAAAAUAUUGAAUAGAUAUAAAAUACAUAAGUGAUGAUGGUUAGCAAUCGUUUGACCAACAUUCCUGCACAAGUGGUCUGUACAGAAGAUGUAGAUUUAGAAGCAUCAAACUUACCAGAGCUUCAAUCUAUAAAUGGGCUAUUAACUGCAACUAAGCAGACUGUAUCUAUUGUAGAAUUAGGUAGAAGAUUGAGAAAAUGUGCAAGGCUUGGGAAUACAGAACAAGUACACGAAUUGAUGACAAAGGGGGCACCGUUCACAACCGAUUGGUUGGGAACAAGUGCCCUACAUCUAGCAGCAAUGAAUAAUCAUUUAAAAACGUGUGAGGUUUUGUUAAGGGCAGGAAUAAGCCGAGAUGCGAGGACAAAAGUAGAUCGAACACCUCUGCACUUAGCGGCAUAUGAAGGACAUGCUAAAAUAUGUGAAUUAUUAUUAAUAAACAAAGCUGAAGUUGAUCCAAGAGAUAUGUUACGAAUGACACCUCUACAUUGGGCUGUUGAGAAACAACAUGAUGCUGUAGUAGAAUUACUCUUACGACAUGGUGCCGAUCCAACAUUAAUGAGUAAAUUUGAUAAGACACCAAUAUCUAUAGCAAUUGAAUUAAAUCGGUUGGAUUUAGCACAUCUUUUGCAAAUAGCUGCUAGACUACUCACAGAACAAGCUGAACUUAAAAGAAACGAAGAGAGUACUGAAGAUGCUCAAGCUACCCUUAUUGCUACACAAAACUUGGAUGCAGAAUUUCAGCAACAGGUCGAUGGCGAAAUUAAAGUAAUGCAACUACUACCAAAUCAAUUCAAAACUGAAGUCACAGACGAAAAAGCUACAAAUGGAAAUACAAAUCAUGAUAACAAAAGCUUUAAUGAGCAUUUAGAAGAUGAACCUCAAAUUUUAAAGAAUACAUCUGCUAUCACGUCUCCGUCACAACUUUCUACACUUCAAUUGUUGCAAGAGCACGGUAUAACAAUGCUACCAACUGAUGAAGGAGGUCUUGUAAAUAACGUAAUACAAAGUGGACGCACAAUAGUUCUUUCUGAAGCCGGAAAGCUUGUAUUGGCAGAAAAUAAAAAAAUAGUAGAUACUAAACCUACAAUUCCUAUAAUAAAACCUGUUAAAAAGCCUGUCGUACUUCCAAAUAAUACUUUAAAAAAUAAAAAAGUUAUAACACUUACUCAAGAACAAUUUUUAGCUAUUACUAAAAGCCAAGGAAAUAAACCCUUGCUUAAAAAGGUUUCAGCUGAAGCAUUUAAGAAAGCAGCUGAAACAGCUGGUAUAAAGUACAGCAUGAUUCCUCCACUAAAAACUUCUCCUGUCAUGUCUGCUAAUUCUAAACUUAAAAAAUUAACAGUUGUAUCAACGAAAGAUCAAAAUAAAUCCCCAAUAAAGAUGAUAAAUCCAGCAGCUCUUAGUAAUAUCAUUGGGCCAACAAAAACGAAUAUAAAUAUUGUAUCAAAUAAUAAUGUUAAAUUGAAUGAAACCGAAACCUAUAAAAUUCAAUUGAAGGAUGCAUUAGCUGAAAUUGAACUUUUAAGAACCGCGCUUAAUGAAAAGGAACUUGAGAAUUUGAAACUAAAGCGUCAAUUAGAAGAAUUACUGUCCAAAGAGAACCCUGCAGUUGAUUGAAUUUAAUAAAUAUUCAAUAUUAUUUGAUGAAUUAUUUAUCAAUUCCAAAAUUGAAAGCAUAAUUGAAUGACAAAACUAUAAGUUAAUCCAUAGAUUAUUUUUCAAUUCAACUUUCAUCAAUAAUAUAAUUAU